UUAUAAUUCACCGCCUUUGAUUGUUCUUAUUAACAGUUCAAAUCAAGCUAAAAUGACUCCCAAAAAAUCUGAGUGGACUGCAGAAGCUAAUGAACGAGCUUCCAAAAAGAAAACACACGUCAGCUUCCCUCAAUUGAAGUAUCCUUCUUUAAGAGAUGAAGGUCUUAGGGAUCCCAUACAAUGGCUUACUGGUAAAUCAAUGGACGAUGGAGCAGAGGGCCUGUGGCGAGUGCAUGAUAAAUUAUACGACUUCACGAGUUUUAUGAAGAAUCAUCCCGGUGGAGAAGAAUGGCUAAAAUUGACUAAGGGUACUGAUAUAACUGAGGCUUUCGAAUCGCACCACUUAAGUCCAACUACAGAAAAAAUGUUAAGAAAAUUUUAUAUAAGAGACGCAAAAACGCCAAGAAAUUCUCCAUUCACUUUUCACGAGGACGGUUUUUAUAAAAAUCUAAAAAGAGCAGUUCAUGAAGCGCUAAAGAAAAUCCCUCAAGAUGCAUCCGCUAUUGCCGACAGAAUAACGGAUGGACUGUUCGCGACACUAAUAUGUAGCUCUUCUUUAGCCUGUUGGAUUGAAAACUAUUAUGUUGCGACGUUUUGGUAUGUUAUUGCGUCUCUGAGUCUCGCAAUGCUAACUGUGACAUGUCACAAUUAUAUACACCGCAGAACAAACUGGAGAAUGUAUCUUUUUAAUAUGAGCAUGUGGUCAUACAGAGACUUCCGAGUAUCUCAUGUACUUUCCCAUCAUCUGUAUACAAACACAUUGAUGGAUCUAGAAAUAAGUUCGCUAGAACCAUUCCUUUUUUAUAAUCCCAGGAAAGAUAAACCACUACAUGGCAGAUUGGGAUUUAUUACAGAGUUCUUUUUAUUUCCUUUCAUCUUUUUAUUCAGCUUUGCUAAAAGAUUCCUAAGCAUAUUCCUACGAAAAGGGUUUUUCAAAGCACAUUACAGUUGGCACGAUGCCAUUGGCUUUUUGUUACCGUUGUGUAUGUGGUUCACAAGUGGUAGCGAUUUCUUGCCUGUACUCUACACGUGGCUCUGGAUCAAUUGCACCGGAAGUCUUAUUUUUUUCCUCAUCGCUGUUAACGCUGCACAUCAUCACCCCGAGGUCUUAAAAGAUGGCGAUCAACCAAGAAGUGAAACUCCAGACUGGGGUGAACAUCAGGUAAUAGCACUUCUCGAUCGCAAAGAUAUCAAUGGCAACACUUUCGCUGUUAUGACUCUAUUUGGAGAACAUGCCUUACAUCACUUAUUCCCGACGCUAGAUCACUCUAUCCUCAAAUAUUUACACCCAGUGUUUAUAGAACUGUGCGAUAAAUAUCGAGCAAAUUACAGAACUUCGACGCAAUUUCAAAUGGUUCUGGGUCAGAUUAAGGAGACAAUGCGAACAGAUUUCAAAACGGUUAAUAAGUAACUAUUGUUUGCGAUAUAAUUAUACCAAUAACAGGAUCAAAGCAUUCCCUUACGUUUUAUUAUAUCAGUUUCAUUUAAGGUUAACUAAAUACAAUUUUGUUAAAUGUAUAGAUUAAUCCAAAUAACGGUUUAUUCGGUUAAGACAAUAAACGCGAGGCCUAAUGGAUGAGAGGAUUGUUUUUCUACUCCCAUUAUUUGUACUCGAGGCAGCAAAAAUAGAUUUGAAACAAAAUCCUCUGGCGUAGAAGGCAUUCAGUUUUAUUUAUUCUAUUUCUGAUAAAACGUAAUUGCUAGUAAUCAAAGGUUAUGCAAAGUGUAUGAAAUGCUCACAAUCUAUUGUAAUAUAUCUAAAAAUUAUAUAAGACCAUUAAUAAAACGUCAUUGGUUUUACAAUAUGAUA